AUUCCACUGAACUCUCUCUCACGCGGCCCUCGUCCAUAUGCCUUCUCGUCACUCUGUCUCGUCAUCAGUGCAAAAAAAUUGCAAUUCCGGUUUGGUACAAUUUCGCAAUUUCGUCAUUCAUUCAAGCAUCACAUCGUAAAACGAUUAGUCGACCAGGUGUCGUUAAGUUUGUCGUAAAAGUUUAGAAGUUUAAGAUAACAUUUAAAGUUUAAAGUUAAUACAAAAUGAACGGAGAAGCGUUAAGUCUCGAGAGGAAGAAGACCCUGAUCACUCGAAAUCUGCAAGAAGUCUUGGGGGAGGAUCGGUUAGAUGCCUUGUUGAAGGAGAGGGAUGUUAAGAUUUACUGGGGGACUGCGACAACGGGGAAGCCUCACAUUGCGUACUUCGUACCAAUGUCAAAAGUUGCAGAUUUUCUGAAAGCUGGCUGCGAAGUUACGAUUCUCUUUGCUGACUUGCACGCUUAUCUGGACAACUUGAAGGCGCCAUGGUCGCUGUUGGCGUUGAGGACAAAGUAUUAUGAGGAAAUUAUUAAAGCCAUGCUGACCUCGAUUGGUGUUCCGCUGGACAAAUUAAAGUUUGUGAAGGGAUCCGAAUAUCAGUUUACAAAAGAAUACACGAUGGAUGUCUACAGAUUAUCAUCCAUGAUUUCCGAGCAUGACGCAAGAAAAGCUGGAGCAGAAGUUGUAAAGCAGGUGGAGCAUCCCUUGUUGUCUGGUCUCCUCUACCCAGGUCUGCAAGCCUUAGAUGAAGAAUAUUUAAAAUGUGACGCACAAUUUGGAGGAGUUGACCAAAGGAAAAUUUUUACCUUCGGUGAAAAGUAUCUCCCACAAUUAGGCUAUGCGAAAAGAGUGCAUCUUAUGAAUCCCAUGGUUCCUGGUCUUACUGGAGGGAAAAUGUCCUCGUCAGAAGCAGAGUCAAAGAUUGAUAUUUUAGACAGCCCCGAGGACGUGAAAAAGAAGUUGAAGAAAGCUUUCUGUGAGCCUGGAAAUAUUCAGGAUAACGGUGUCCUCUCUUUUGUGAAACAUGUGAUUUUCCCAAUUUUUGGAGAAAGUGGACCCUUUAUCAUCGAACGAACUGCUGAGAAUGGAGGAAAUUUGGAUUUCUCAAGUUUUGAUGCUUUAGAGCAAUCUUUCGCAAAACAAGAAGUGCAUCCUGGAGAUUUGAAAGAGUCGGUUGGCAAAUACAUUACUCGUCUCCUGGGCCCAAUUCGAGAUAGUUGGGCUGCUAGUAAAGAACUUCAAGAUUUAACUAAAACUGCAUAUCCUGACAUGUCCAAAGCAGUGAAAGAAGAUGUACUUGGUCCCAACAAGCUUGACAUUCGAGUAGGGAAAAUUGUCGAGGUUGAAAAACACCCAGAAGCAGAUUCUCUUUACAUUGAAAAAAUAGAUGUUGGGGAAGCUUUACCUAGAACAAUUGUAAGUGGACUGGCAAACUAUGUGAAAAUAGAAGACAUGAAGGAUCGGAUGGUAGUCGUCUUAUGCAAUUUGAAACCAGCAAAACUUAAAGGCAUCAUGUCUUCAGGAAUGGUUUUGUGUGCCUCUCAGGACGAACCAAAAGAUGUCGAACCACUGUUCCCACCAACCGGCGCCACGGCUGGUGAUCGCAUCCUUGUAGAAAACUACGAAGACGGAACUCCCGAUGAUGUACUUAACCCUAAGAAGAAAAUUUGGGAAAAACUUCAAGUCGAUUUGAAAGUACAUCCUUCAAACGUCGCUCAAUGGCAAGGAAAUAAUCUGUUUUCAAAGAGUGGUCCCGUUACCGCAAAACGACUUAGUAAUGUACCAAUUCGUUAAGGUUUAAUAAUUAAUAAUUUAGGCACCCUUUUUCCUUAAAUAUAUUUAAUUUACAUGAUACUACCUACAAUUAGAUCAUUUUUAACUAGCAGGCUACUUUUGUGAUUUUGUUCAUUUGGGUUAUUACUUUACUACAUUUCGUAGCACGUAAUAAUUUGACCGAUUGACCCGAGAAAUAAUUUGACAAUGGUUAAUUCGUGUAUACUCAUUCCUAUUAUUUUGGUUACCCUACACUAAUUUCCUUUAUUUAAUUUUUCUUGGAUAAUUUCGUCAAGAUAGAACGCUCAGUUGAAUGAAAUUAUUUACAUACGUUAGCUUUAAACUGGAGUUUUGAUUACAAACAAAAACGGGGUAAAUAAUUAGAAUAUUUAAAAUUAUGAAAACAAUUUUUUUGAUUGUCGCAACAGAUUUAUACUCGUAUCACACUAUACUAUGCAAUAAAUUAUCUAAGUUUCUACAAAACUUU